AUGCGCCUCCCGGUCCUUUUCGCCCUCCAGCUGGUCGCCUUGGCGGCGGCAGCAGCUUCGGCGGCCGAGGCCGCGGCGACGCUCUCUUCGAGGAUGGUGCACCGUCUGUCCGACAAGGCUCGGCUGGAGGCGGGCCCGCGUGCGGGGUGGUGGCCGCAGCGCGGAAGCGGGGAGUACUACCGCGCGCUGGUGAGGAGCGAUCUCCAGCGGCAGAAGCGGCGGCUCGCGGGCAAGUACCAGCUCCUCUCGCUCUCAAAGGGCGGCAGCACCUUCUCCCCCGGCAACGACUUCGGCUGGUGCUCCGUCAUAAAUGGAGCAUCUAUUAUGCAGGAUAGAGAUCUUGGAAUAUACAAGCCUGCUGAAUCGACGACAAGUCGGCAUCUUCCUUGCAGCCACGAGCUAUGCCAAUCAGGUUCAGGCUGCACAAACCCAAAGCAGCCUUGCCCAUACAAUAUUGACUACUUUUCAGAAAAUACUACCAGCUCUGGUUUGCUAAUUGAGGAUACACUACACUUGAACUCCAGGGAGGGCCAUGUACCAGUGAACGCUUCAGUUAUUAUUGGCUGUGGUCGAAAGCAAAGUGGUGACUAUCUGGAUGGUAUUGCACCGGAUGGACUCCUUGGCCUUGGAAUGGCAGAUAUUUCAGUUCCUAGUUUCCUUGCAAGAGCUGGACUAGUUCGGAAUUCCUUCUCGAUGUGCUUUAAGGAAGAUAGUUCUGGGAGAAUUUUUUUUGGAGAUCAAGGGGUGUCCUCUCAACAGUCUACACCGUUUGUUCCUCUGUAUGGCAAACUUCAAACUUAUGCUGUUAAUGUCGACAAAUCUUGUAUUGGACAUAAAUGUCUUGAGGGUACUAGCUUCCAGGCCUUAGUCGAUAGUGGAACAUCAUUUACUUCUCUUCCUCCAGACGUUUACAAGGCUUUCACAAUGGAGUUUGACAAACAAAUGAAUGCUUCAAGGGUGCCUUAUGAAGACAGUACCUGGAAAUAUUGCUACAGUGCUAGUCCUCUUGAGAUGCCUGAUGUGCCAACAAUAACCCUGGCAUUUGCUGCGAACAAGAGCUUCCAGGCUGUUAAUCCUAUAUUUCCAUUUAAUGACAAACAGGGAGCGCUUGCUGGGUUCUGCUUAGCUGUGCUGCCAUCAACAGAACCUAUUGGAAUUAUUGCCCAAAAUUUCCUGGUUGGAUACCAUGUUGUCUUCGACAGAGAAAGCAUGAAGUUGGGUUGGUACCGCUCUGAAUGCCGCGACGUUGACAACAGCACGACCGUGCCGUUGGGCCCAUCGCAGCACGACAAUCCAGAGGACCCGUUGCCGUCGAACGAGCAGCAGACUUCCCCGGCCGUGACGCCUGCAACGGCAGGCAUGGCUCCGCUCUCCAGUGCAACGACGAAUCUACAGAUGCUUCUUGCUAGCUCAUACCGGUUGCUGUUACUGACAAUGUCCACUGUGUUCUUCAUCUCAUGA